ACCAGAUCGAAAGACAGUACUUGGUGUUACAGCGGCUGGCUACACACUUUACAAACAAGAAACAAAAGCGACAGAGUCGUUCAAAGGAAACCAGUUUCACAAUGUCAGCCCCUGGUCCAGAAGGUUCUGCUGCUGCAUCGAGCAACAAGCGCUUGCAGCAGACACAGGCCCAAGUGGAUGAGGUAGUGGAUAUUAUGCGCGUUAAUGUGGACAAAGUACUGGAACGUGAUCAGAAACUGUCUGAACUGGAUGACAGAGCAGACGCCCUGCAGGCUGGAGCCUCCCAGUUUGAGACCAGUGCAGCUAAGCUGAAACGGAAGUACUGGUGGAAGAACUGCAAGAUGUGGGCCAUCUUGAUAGCUGUAAUAGUGAUAAUCAUCAUCAUCAUUAUUAUUUGGGCCUGUUCUUAGAGCCAUAGCAGAUUGAAGAGGAUUGGAAGUAAAGAAGAAUUGGGCAAUAUGUAUGCUUCAGGUCUCAGAAAGAAAUCAGAUGAUCACAUUAUUCACCUUUCCACGAGUCUUCCUUUCUUAUCUCGGAUUGACUUGGGUGUUUGUGUGUGUAUUUGUAAAGGAUUGUAUUAAAACUGCAGUUUUGCUUCUGCGACGUACAACACACACACACACACACACACGCACGCACAAAUUUCAUUCUUGAGACUGGAAGAGAAGGAUGUUGUUGUAAAAUCUCUCUGCUUAUGUUAUUAUAUUAUACAUAGUCACUAAUGUGUGCCUGGCUAAAUAAAUGUGCCUUUUUUUUGGAUUGUAUUAGUUUGCAAUGCCCCUUUUGUACCACAUACAGUCCAUAAUCAGUAAGAAACUGGUAAAACUAUUUUAUCAAAGUUUCUCAUUUAUUUUCUCCUUAGCACUUUCAAGUUGUACAAGCUUAUGUUUAGAUAAGUGCUUAACUGCAAAGACCAAACAGCAUAACAUGACCUAACUUUUUUUAAAAAAAGG